UCGAACCGUGAAUUAAUUCUAAUAACAAGAUAAUAUUCAAAAAUUCUGUUAUGGUCCAAAUAAUCGAUAUAUUUGAAAAGUCGAUUGACCGAGUUCUAUCAAAUUGUUUAACGAACUUUGACAUUAGAUUAAAAUACGAAGAUAAUUGAAAUAAUAAAGUUACUUCAAGUGAUUGUCAUCUUGGAGCUUCAAAUUUAUUUAUCCAUCCACUUUAUGUAAGAAAUACAUCAAACAAAACUACGCAAAGUGUACUACAUAUAUGUAUAUACAUAUGUACAUAAAUGUAUUCGAUGUUCCACGUGUACAACCAAGCGGUAAGAUUGAAGUACAGACUCAAAAAAGUUAUUGGUUAAAUAUGCCAUAUUCUGAGAGCCACAUUAAGAAUAAAUUAACCGAAGGAUUGAACGCUUCUUAUGUGGAAGUGAUAGAUCAAUCUGAUGGUUGUGGUGCCAAGUUUUCUGUAAUUGUUGUUUCUGAUGCAUUUGAAGGAAAACCACUACUCCAACGUCACAGGUUGGUAAAUGCAGUGCUGGAAGAGGAGCUCAAAACGAUACAUGCAUUUUCUCAAAAGACAUUAACUCCAGAACAGUGGGAGAAGCAGAGAAGUUAAUUCUCUUUCAGUUCAUAUGCUGUG